GAAGAUUAUUCGCGUAAGUUAUUUAAAUACUAUGCCUCUUUUUGGGAAAUCUCAGAAGAGCCCCGCGGAGUUAGUAAGAUCUUUAAAAGAUGCGGUUACUGCAUUAGAGAGAGGUGACAAGAAGGCUGAAAAAGCACAGGAAGAUGUCAGCAAGAAUUUGGUCCUAAUCAAGAAUAUGCUUUAUGGCACAUCUGAUGCAGAGCCACAAACUGACAUCAUUGUAGCGCAACUUGCACAGGAGCUGUAUAAUACAAACCUACUCCUACUACUGAUUCAAAAUUUAAACCGUAUCGACUUUGAAGGCAAGAAAGAUGUAGCCCAAGUGUUCAAUAAUGUUUUGAGGCGUCAAAUAGGAACCCGUUCUCCUACAGUCGAGUACAUAUGUACUAAGCCGGAAAUUUUGUUUACUCUUAUGUCAGGAUAUGAGCACCAGGAAAUAGCUUCCAACUGUGGGACAAUGUUGCGGGAGUGUGCUAGAUAUGAAGCUUUAGCCAAGAUAAUGUUAUAUUCAGAUGAUUUUUACAAUUUCUUCCGUUAUGUAGAAGUAUCCACUUUUGAUAUUGCCUCUGAUGCCUUUUCUACAUUUAAGGAAUUAUUAACUCGCCACAAAAUCUUAUGUGCUGAGUUUUUAGAAGCUAACUACGAUAAGGUGUUUAGUCAUUAUCAAAGGCUGUUGAAUUCCGAAAACUAUGUUACUCGACGGCAAAGUUUAAAGUUACUGGGCGAGUUGCUUUUAGAUCGACAUAAUUUUUCUAUUAUGACACGAUACAUUACCAACCCCGAUAACCUUAAACUAAUGAUGAAUAUGCUUAAAGAAAAGUCACGUAACAUCCAAUUUGAAGCUUUCCACGUUUUUAAGGUAUUUGUAGCGAAUCCAAAUAAACCCAAACCAAUAUUGGAUAUUUUGCUAAGAAAUCAGGAUAAGUUGGUAGAUUUUCUCACCAAAUUUCACACAGACCGCUCUGAAGACGAACAGUUUAAUGAUGAGAAGGCUUAUCUAAUAAAGCAAAUUAAAGAGCUUAAGCCAUUAGAACACUAACAUUUAUUUUAUUGCAUUUUAAUAAAUCGCCACUUCCUCCUCAAAAGAAGUUAGUUAUAGAUGCUAUUAUAUUUAAACGCUUCUAAGUCACCGUGUGUCAGAGGGCAUCGUGCGCUGAGACAGGGCUCUGUCAAAAUAAAACAUUGGAAUUCUAAUGGAUUUUACAUUCGGUCUGUGAUGAGUCAGGAAUGAAAGUAUAUUUGUGCUACAAGCAAAUUAACAUUUUUUAAUAAAGAUUUGUAGGAAUUAGAGUUAUUUUAUUGGUUUUACUUAGAUCUUUUGUAAGUUGUUAAUACCAUUUUUAGUUUUAUGACGUGUUUUGUGACAGUUCCUAAGUCACAAUGGAAAUAGUAUAUUUUAUCACAUUAGCUUACGAACCAUUGUUGAAAUUUAAACAUAACGGAAUCGAAAUUUGGAAAGUCGAGAUCUAAGGAUUUUGUAAAUAUGACAUCUUUUUUGUUUAUUUUGUACUCUCAAUAUCAAAAGUAUAGAUUGUUAAAUAUGAAGGAAAUAUAUUUUGUAUAUUGUCAGUAUUGGUUAUUUAUUACGCGAUAGUAAUAUUCCAUAUUUUCUGUACUAAAUUAUUUCGAUAUUUUGAUAACAAUUGCUGUGCUUAAACAUCGUAAUAGUAUUUGCAAUAUUUUCAUGAAUAUUUUUGUAUGUAUUAUCGAAAUUUCUUUAUCCUACAUUUUAAAGUCUAUUUUUAUUUUAUCAGCGACAUUAAUGCAUAGGUACAUUUUUGAAACUGAAUAAAAUAUUUGUAUCAUUA